AGAUAUAGCCGCGGAUUGGCUGACUGCGGCGCAGCUUGAUGGCGUCGGGCUGGCUAGCCGCGGUCCCGGCGGUGGCCCCUGGGCGAAGUCCGCCUUUGUGAAAGGGCCUAUGGCCCGAGCUUGCUGUAGCAACAGGGAGUGGAAAUUGGAGGCAGGAGCCUUCCCUACACUUCGCCAUGAGUUUCCUGAUCGACUCCAGCAUCAUGAUUACCUCUCAGAUACUUUUCUUUGGAUUUGGGUGGCUUUUCUUCAUGCGCCAACUGUUUAAGGACUAUGAGGUACGUCAGUAUGUGGUACAGGUGAUCUUCUCUGUGACUUUUGCAUUCUCUUGCACCAUGUUUGAGCUCAUCAUCUUUGAAAUCUUAAAAGUAUUGAACAGCAGUUCCCGUUAUUUUCACUGGAAAAUGAACCUGUGUGUAAUCCUUCUGAUCCUGGUUUUCAUGGUGCCUUUUUACAUUGGCUAUUUUAUUGUAAGCAACAUCCGACUAUUGCAUAAACAGCGUCUGCUCUUCUCCUGUCUCCUGUGGUUGACCUUCAUGUACUUCUUCUGGAAACUAGGAGAUCCAUUUCCCAUUCUCAGCCCAAAACAUGGGAUUUUGUCCAUAGAACAGCUCAUCAGCCGGGUAGGUGUGAUUGGUGUGACUCUCAUGGCUCUUCUUUCUGGAUUUGGUGCUGUCAACUGCCCGUACACUUACAUGUCCUACUUCCUCAGAAAUGUGACUGAUGCCGAUAUCCUAGCCCUGGAACGGCGGCUGCUCCAAACCAUGGAUAUGAUCAUCAGCAAAAAGAAAAGGAUGGCGAUGACACGGAGAACUAUGUUCCAGAAGGGGGAGGUGCAUAACAAACCGUCAGGAUUCUGGGGAAUGAUAAAAAGUGUUACCACUUCAGCACCAGGAAGUGAAAAUCUUACUCUUAUUCAACAGGAAGUGGAUGCUUUGGAAGAACUAAGCAGGCAGCUUUUUCUGGAAACAGCUGAUCUAUAUGCUACCAAGGAGAGAGUAGAAUACUCCAAAACUUUCAAGGGGAAAUACUUUAAUUUUCUGGGUUACUUUUUCUCUAUUUACUGUGUUUGGAAAAUUUUCAUGGCCACCAUUAAUAUCGUUUUUGACCGAGUUGGGAAAACUGAUCCUGUUACAAGAGGCAUCGAGAUCACUGUGAAUUACCUGGGGAUCCAAUUUGAUGUGAAGUUCUGGUCUCAGCACAUUUCCUUCAUUCUGGUUGGAAUAAUUAUCGUCACAUCUAUCAGAGGAUUACUGAUCACUCUUACAAAGUUCUUUUAUGCCAUCUCCAGCAGUAAGUCCUCCAACGUCAUUGUCCUACUAUUAGCACAGAUAAUGGGCAUGUACUUUGUCUCCUCCGUGCUACUGAUUCGAAUGAGCAUGCCUCUAGAAUAUCGCACCAUAAUCACUGAAGUCCUUGGAGAGCUGCAGUUCAACUUCUAUCACCGUUGGUUUGAUGUGAUCUUCCUGGUCAGUGCUCUCUCCAGCAUCCUGUUCCUCUAUUUGGCUCACAAACAGGCACCAGAGAAGCAUAUGGCACCUUGAACUCACGCCUGUUACAGACUGCUGAAGGCCAGUGGUGUCAGAAUUUGGAUAUAAGAGAAAAAAUGGAGGGGACCAGGGCCUCAUGUUUUUUAAACAAUCAAAAUGCUGAGGUAGCAUAUUCUGCCUUCAGCGUAUGCCUCCCUCCUCUGUGGAUACUGUGAUCAUGAGUAGCAUUAGCUAGAAGAUGGGAGCAUGAAAUAACCUUAAGCUAGCACUCAGCUGAGAGCAUCCCAUGUAGGUUUGAGGCUGGUGGGAAGGGGGGUGGAAAAGAGCCAAGAAACUAGGUGGCGGGAAUACACUGGAACUCUGCAGGUAAGGGGAAGUCUCAGGUAGCUGGGCCGAACAUCCAGAAUUUCUGCUCAAGGCUCACAUGGAGGAGGUUGUGGCUUUCCCUUAAGAUUGACUGUCAUUAAAAUCAGAUUGCAACCCUUUGGCCUUAGCUUCAUUUUCUCCAGGAUAGCUUGGUGUAGUGUGCUUGUGCAAUCUAACAUGAGUUGGCAUCCUCCUGCCAACCCCUGCCCUGUUAAAAUAACCAACAGGUUCUCUGUUCUUGUCUGGGGACGGGACGGUGUGCUACUGAAAUAGAUUCUACCAAGAGCGUUCAGGUAUAUCAUCUUUAUUGAUUUCCUUUUAAGUUAGUAUUAUUUGAGAGUGAAUUACUGUACAUUCAACUUGGUGAUGAUGUCUCAUUUUUUUCUUUCCAUCUGCCUCUCAUGCUGUGUGGUAAAACAAUGAAUAACUUAACUAGAAUAAGUCAUUUUCCUAUGCUAGCCCCUACCUUCUCCAUCUGUGAAAGGAAAAUGCUGGAAAAUGUUAUAGAACAUUGAGAAAUGCAAUUUAAGGAAAUCCUUAGUUUUAUCACCAGGAAGUCUCUAAGAUCUUAUUCUGAAUUUUAUUAUGUUUUGGGUUUCUAGAGGCAAAAUGAAGGUUACAGCUUAAAAGCAAGUUUACCAGAAACAAAAGCACUCUUGAGGUUUUAUCAGCUAACCAGGAGGAUUCAAGUAUACUCUAAAGGCAUUCUUAAUGGCAUCUAUUUUAGCAGCCACAACAUUCUUACAAAAGCAUAAUUUUAAUAGGCUCAUCUGCUCAGAUACUUUAUAGCAGCUCUCACAUAUACAGAUUUACAAAUCCUCUUUAAUGUUCAAGGAGCCUAUAGAAUUAAGAGAUAUCAUCAUACAGAGAAAUGUAGUGAAGUUGAAGCUUGAAAGAAAUCACAUGAAAAGAAUGUGGUUCCCGUCUUAAGUUGACCAUAAAUAAGCCAUCUAUUGCAGUAGUCACCCCCAAGGCAAAUGACAACAGAAGACAGUUCCCCAUGAUGAACUGGUUUCCAGAGGAGUUUGUCUCUACCAGAGACGGUGAAUGGGUGGCAGCUCAUUCUUCGGGAAAGGAUCCCUACUCAACACCCAGAAACAGCUGUCAGCCAACGCCAUUAGUUGCUCUCAUCACAUCUCUGUAUCUUCAGAAUUGGAAGAAGAAUGUGAGGCUGUACUGUACGCCUGUGCAAAAGAAAACAAAAGAUCCGUAAGUGCGAGAGCAUGAAUGUCAGCAGUUGCAUGACUUAAGGCAGGGAGUAGAGUCACUCACUAGAAGCCAGGUAACCUGAAUUGUACACUUGGCUUUGUUUCCAGCCUGCCGUUUGACACUAACAAAUUUCUUAAUAUCUGUAGAUCUUUUCUAUAAAGCUAACAUAUGCCUAUAAUUGACUUGCUAUAGAAAUUUAAAAUUUUUGAAAGACAAAAUGCUUUCUUUGCUAAGCAAUCAAGAAUGCAAGGUCAGUGGCUAUUGUGUGUGCUCUGGUCUGAAUGUUUGUGUCUCCCCAAAAUUCAUAUAUUGAAAUACUAAUCCUAAGGUCAGGUGAUGAUAUUAGGAGGUAGAAACCUUUGGGAGGUGAUUAGGUCAUGAGGUCAGAGCCCUCGUGAUUGGGAUUAGGGCCUUAUAAAAGAGCUCCCCGCCUGCCGCCGAGCUCCCUCUCCCCUUCGACCAUGUGAAGACAUGGCAGGAAAUUGGCCGACUACAGCCUGGAAGAGGGCCUUCCCCAGACACCAAAUCUGUCCUUCAGAACUGUGAGAAAUAAAUGUGUGUUGUUUAUAAGCCA